GUGGAGGCGCUUUUUGGAUUUGCAGCAAAAAGUAAUCUUUGAGUUUGUAGUCCAGGAAACAGUCUCAUCGUUACUUGCUGCUGCAGAAAAAUAAAUAAAGUUACUUUUCAUUUUUUAAACGCACAUUACAGUACCUGUAAUCAACUCACCAUGAGUUCAGAGACCCUUGCAGUGAAAGGUGAAGGCCACUGGAACAAACUGAGUGUGACCUCAGAGAGCCAUGCCAAAGAAAAGAGCGAAAAGUCAUUUGUAAUUCGUAUGACAUACCUGUUUUUAGUACUGGAUGUGACCUGUUUGUUUAUGCAGCUUGGAAUUAUACCAUACUUGGUGAAAAAAAUGGGUCUGAGCUUAGUUUGGUUUGGAUAUCUUCAGACAACGUUUGGCAUUUUACAGCUCAUUGGAGGUCCUGUAUUUGGCAGGUUUGGAGAUUUGUUUGGUGCUCGCACUGCAUUGACCAUCUCCUCCAUGUCUGCAGCUGUGUGCUUCUUUCUACUUGGAAUAUCAUCUAAUGUCACACUUCUGUUUCUGUCAAGGACCCCGUCCAUAUUCAUGCAUGGAUUACCAGGAGCCCAGAUGGUUGUGACACACUUGUCAAGUCCAGCAGAACGAGCUGAUGCUCUUGGAAAACUUGGUCUUUGUUUUGGAAUAGGAAUGAUUGUUGGUCCGUCACUAGGUGGAGUUCUUUCUUCUCGUUUUGGGUAAGUAAUCUUCUGGUGA